CCCAGCUGGACACUGGAAAUAGCUUUUGAUGGUUUAGGGCCUCUUUCAUUUGACCCCAGGAAAUGGGCUUUGACUGUUAGACACCUGUGUGAAGAGCCCUGGGUUCACAUGGUCAGCCUCCUGGAGCCUGCAGAGACCCUCCAGUUGCACUAGGAUCAUUCAAUUGAGGUAAAAAGAUGGCCUAUCAGAAGGUCAGUGCAGAUCAAAGAGCUGCUGGACACUCUCAGUACUUAGACAGUGAUGACCUUCAAGCUACUGCCCUUGACUUGGAGUGGGACAUGGAGAAGGAACUAGAGGAGCCUGGUUUUGACCAGUUCCAGCUAGAUAGUGCUGAGAAUCAGAACCUGGGCCAUGUAGAGACUGUGGACCUUAAUCUUGAUUCCAUUCAACCAGCAACUUCACCCAAAGGAAGGUUCCAGAGACUUCAAGAAGAGUCUGAUUACGUUACCCAUUAUACAAGAUCUGUACCAAAGAGCAAUCGCUGCAACUUUUGCCACCUUUUAAAAAUACUUUGCACAGCUACUAGUUUAUUUAUUUUGGGGAUUUUGAUAGGUUAUUAUACACAUACGAAUUGUUCUUCAGAGACUGAGUCUUCAGGAACAGUUGAUCAUCUGUUAUACCAAGAGAUUCUCAAGACAAUCCAAGCAGAAGACAUUAAGAAGACUUUCAGAAAUUUGGUACAACUGCAUAAAAGUGAAGAUGAUACGGAAAUUUCAAAGAAGAUUAAGACUCAGUGGACUUCUCUGGGCCUCGAAGAUGUCCAGUCCAUAAAUUACUCAGUGCUGCUUAGUCUGCCAGGCCCGCUUCCCAGCUCUGUGACACUGAGCAGUGGCCAGUGCUUCCAUCCUGACGGCCAGCCCUGCAGUGAAGCCAGGAAAGAUGGCAGCCGGGAUCUGCUCUCCUCGUACGCGGCCUACUCUGCCAGAGGGACUCUGGAGGCUGAAGUCAUUGAUGUGAGAUACGGAACUGCAGAUGAUCUAAAAAGGAUUAAAAAGAUGAAAAAUGUAACAAAUCAGAUUGCGCUGCUGAAAUUAGGAAAAUUACCACUACUUUAUAAG